AUGGACGCCGUUCUAAGGAAUUUCAAGACCAUCCCUUGCCCUUCUGGGGAUGGCUGCUUAAAAACAAACUGCCAGUGGCAGCACGCCUGGGAUAAGAAAUCCGCCAGUCCCCCAGCCACUACUACUACUACUACUACUGCUCCCCGACCCAUUGAGUCGCACAACAACGGCCACGGCCGCGGCCAAGACCACGACCAAGGCGGACCACGGAAACGCCGCAGGCUCUCAUCGGAAUCCCAAAGUGCCAACCACCGCCCGCACGUGCCCGCGUCUGCACCUCUCUUGACGACAAAGAAGGCUGUAUCACCGCCACCUCUGAAGCGCAAGGAACCCCAGCCGGCACCUUCAUCUCACACAUUCCGGAACCCUUUCAUAUCAGGAUCUUCAGAAGGCCCUACUACCACCCCCAUCACCACCCCUGCCAGAGCUGGCACUACUGCUACCCAUUCCUCUACCCUAAAGGUCGCCGUUAUUCAAGCCGCAACCCCCCGGAAGGCGGAAUCACUGAACCCCAGGCAUUUGAAAUCCACAGCUCCUGCCGCUUAUGACUUCCGCUACAAGGCUCUGAAGAUGCUCCAUGAGCAGUACCAGCGCCUCAACAAGGAAAUUAAGAAGGACGCCAACGACAGCGAGGCCAAGUUUGUGCUUUCGGAUCAAGAGAUCAUCUGGAUGGCACUUGACAUUGAGGAGAAAAUGGCUACCGACAAGCCCUCCAUCUACCAAAACGUCAUCAAGAACCAGAUUAUGAGCUACAAGCGCAUGACCGUCGUCCAAUGGAAGGACGAGCGCGCCGCUGAGCUAAAGAAGAAGGAGGACGCAAAGAAACCCGUUGUCAAGUUCUUCCAAGGCCCCCCCAAGGAGGUUGACACUGGUCUAACCCCGGCACAGGAGGUUGACUUCCUGUCGCGUCUCCUUACCCCCGUCACCUCCCUCGCGCACAUGGGAUACGUGACUACUGUUCCUACAGACGAAGACAUUGCUAAGGCGCGGGCCGGGGAAGAGGCGUCGAGGGGCUGGGAGGUAUGCGACCGCUGCACCACCCGCUUCCGCGUCUUUCCCGGCCGCCGCGAGGAGGACGGGGCGCUCACUUCGGGUGGAAAAUGUAUCCAUCACUGGGGGAAAAUGUACUACCCCGACCGGACUAUGGGAAGUUCGGACAAGCCGGCACAGCGAUACCGGUGCUGCGGCCAGCAGGUGGGCGAGUCGACUGGCUGCACCACGGGCGAGACUCAUGUGUUCAAGGCGCCUUCUCCCUCUCGCCUAGCAGCACUACUGCCAUUUGCCGAGACACCGCCAAACCCCUUGGCGCCAAAAGAUCGUGCUGUUUGCUUUGACUGCGAAAUGUGCUACACGGUAUACGGGCUCGAGUUGGUCCGCCUCACGGCGACGAGCUGGCCCGACGGUAAAGAGUUGCUAGACGUGCUAGUUCACCCCGUCGGUGAGGUUUUGGACUUGAACUCGAGAUUCUCGGGUAUCUUGGCCGAGGACAUUGUGAAUGCCAAGCCGUGGUCUGCCGAAGGCUUCCACGAACAGGAGGCGACAGCAAACGACGGGAGCGGAGAAUGGGAAGGAGAAAUAGAGGAGGGCGAGGUUGACGACCCGCAGCCCAAGCGAAAGAGGAUGCAGAUCGUAUCGUCGCCAAUCGUAGCGCGUGAUCUCCUCUUCUCGCUCGUCUCGCCCGAGACUCCCCUCAUAGGGCAUGGCCUCGAGAACGACCUGAACGCGCUCCGUAUCGUCCACCCUACCAUCAUCGACACCAUACUCCUGUAUCCUCACCGCCGGGGCCUGCCACUUCGCAACAGCCUUAAGAUGCUUAUGGAUACACUACUCAACAAGGUUAUCCAGAAAACCGAAGUCGACGGCAAAAUUGUGGGCCAUGACAGUGCUGAGGACGCCCGCGCUGCAGGAGAGCUUGUGCGACUCAAAGUGCAGGACAAAUGGCAGGAUAUGAAAAGACUUGGAUGGACUCUAGUGGAAUGUGUCUUUGUCCCCCCUGGCGCUAAGAAGAAUCCCGCUAAUGGCCGCUUGACCGAGACAUUUCUUGAGGACGGCCAGUCACGGGCUUGA